AUGGGUGGAUGGACCGAGAACAGCGGUGAGUCUAUUGAUCUUUCGGUACCUGGUGCGCGCCACGUCGUGUACUUUGCGCCCAGCGACGUGGCGGAUGCAAUCGAAGGUGGCUUCCCUCUCGCUGAUGGCCUGGCCGCUGUGGCCAAGAUCGAAAACGGUGUCGGCUACGUCUACGAUGUGGCGUCAGCCUCAUGGGAGGAUGCCGGGUCGGCCGCCUUCCUCUUUGGCGCCGCGUACGCCAACAGUUCUGUCGAGAUGUUUAUGGCUGCCCAGCUGUGGUCGCUACCGGCCAAGGCGCAUCCUGACGCCUGGUCUGUUAACGUGCCACACAGCUCGCAUCAGUCCGACGCCGCAGGCAUCGACCCAUUGGCGACGAGUAUGACUGCGACGUCAACCCUCGAGAAACUGCCUACCAUCCGCGAGCACGCCGUCCUGCUGCUACCGAUGGCGUCCGAGUCGUCGAUGUGCAUCUCAGAGGGGAGCGACGAUGGCCAGUUCGAGGAUAGCGGCAACGACGGCUCGAGCAGCACCCUCUCUCGCGAUCAAGCUGCUACUGACAUCGUCGACAAGACUGUCAGUUCGUCAUCAAGUGCGAUCUCCGACCUUCCCGCCUCGCCCCGCACUAUUUCCAACUGCUUGGAUUGGUUCCUCAUCGACUACGCCGCCAUGGCCACCUGCCUUGUCUCCGUCCCCAUCCACUACACGCUCGCUCCUCCGGUCGCCCGUCACAUCCUCGCAUCAACACAUCCUACACUGCUCUGCCUCGGCUACUCUUCCAUCCGGCCGUGGAUUCCCGUCCUCGUCGACUCGGAUCGCUCCACUCGCCAAGCUCUCACCCACAUUCUCGUCUUUGACGUCGACGCUGUCGGCGCUGCCGAGCUCGAGGCUGCUUGCGCAGAGCUGCGGAACGCCACCGGGUGCGUUGUGGCGUCGAUGGUGGAUAUGCAGAGCCUAGCCACGACACGAGUCCGGCACGAUGCGCUUGCGCCGUGUCGCCCUGGUGCCUGUCGCCAGCUAGAUCGCCCCGACGCCGACGCCCCGGUCCUCACCAUCAUCGCCACCUCGGGCUCGACAGGCAUGCCCAAGGGCGUAGUCGUACCGGUGGCUGCUUGGACCGAGGCCGUGGUCAAGCCCAAGGCCGUGCCCGAUCCGCUGGUCACCAUAUCCUACGCGCCGCUCGCCCACAUGUUCGACCGCCGCUCCUCGCUCAACACCCUCGUCCGCGGCGGCCGAGUCGCGCUCUACACCGGCGAACCUGCGCAGGUCUUUGACAUCUUUGCAGCUGUCCGGCCCACCAUGUUUGCGUCGACGCCACGGCUGUGGAUCAUGCUGUACAAGCAGUUCCAGGAUGCUAUCGCCGCGCCUGAUGCCGAUCCGGCCGCCAUCAAGUCGCAAUUCAACGCCCGGCUUGGCGGCUCGCUGCGGUACAUCACCACGGGCGGAGCGAGCACGCCGCCGGCAGUCCUUGCCUGGCUCAUCGACACCUUCUCGGCCUCGGUCAACGACGGAUACGGCGCGACCGAGGUCGGCUCCAUUGCCACCAACGGCCGCAUCGUCCCCGGCGUCUCCAUCCGUCUCCGCGACGUCCCCGACAUGGGCUACCUCGCCACCGACAAGCCGCAUCCGCGCGGCGAGCUCCUUGUCCGCACCCCGAGCAUGGCCAAGGCCUACGUCGGUGCGGUAGACCCUGCAGCUGCUGUCGAUGCCUUCAACGCCGCCAACGACGGCUUCUACGCCACCGGCGACGUUGUCGAGCUCCUCGGUCCGCGCUCCAUCCGCAUCAUCGACCGCUGCAAGAACUUUGUUAAGCUCGCCCAGGGUGAGUUUGUCUCGCCCGAGUACGUCGAGGGCGUCCUCCUCGGUGCCGCAACCUCGAUCUCUGCUAUCUUUGUCCACGGAUCGCCGGCUGCCUCGUACCUGAUCGCCGUCGUCGUGCCAGCUGCGAGCGCUGCUCAUCUCUUGCAGAGCGACCUGGCAGCCGAACUGGUCCGUGCUGGCACCGCUGGCGGCCUGCUCCCGCACGAGAUUCCGCUCGCCGUUGUUCUGGCGCCAACGCCGUUUGCCGACGUUCCAGGCCUCCUUACGCCGUCGGGUAAGCUGGCGCGAUCCACGCUUCGCGCCCACUUUGACCACGCUAUGGCUACAGCCGCGGCCGCCUUUGAAGCCGAGCAAGGAUCAGUGAUCCAUGGCACACUGGCUGUGUUGAGGAGUCUCGUCGCCGGCGACGGCGCCGCUACCUCGCACGACGCGUCGUUUGCUGCCCGCGGCGGCGACUCGCUGGAAGCCAUGCGGCUGGUGAGCCUCAUCAAUGCCUCAUUUGAUGUCUCGGUCACCGUUGCUGACGUCGUCGGUGCGCACAGCCUGACGGCACUCGCCGAUGUCAUCCGGGCGUCGGCGGCUGGCGAUGAAGCUGCUGCCGCGAGUGCGCGCGCUGUCAGCGACUCGGCAGUCACCAACGAUCUUGCGCGCGGGCGUGCGCUAGAGCCUGGUGCUGCCGAGAUUUGGGCUCGCGCCCUGGACGAUGCCGACGGCGCUGCAGGCGGCUCGCGUCCCGCAAACUUGCCUCCGAUCCGGCUGCUUGUCACCGGUGGGACUGGGCUGCUUGGCGCCGUGCUUGUGGCGCUUGUACUUGCAGACGCCGGAGACGAUGUGGCAGUCACCUGCAUUGUACGCGGUGAUGAGCCGGAAGCUCGGCUGUUGCUGGUGUUGCGAACAACGGGGCUAGUGGCGGACGACGCGAUGGACGCCGCGAUGGCAUCCGACCGGCUGCGUGUGGUGCGCGGCGAUCUUGCCGAGCCGUUCCUUGGCGUGGGCGCUGCAACGUUGGCGUUGUGGGCGCGGACGGGCGCGUUUACUGCCAUUGUCCACGCCGGUGCGGCGGUCAACUCGGUGCUGCCGUACGCGAGUCUUGCCAGGGUCAACGUCGGCGCGGUGCGAUAUGUGGCGGCGCUGGCCGAGGCGAGCGCCUCAUGCUGUCAGCUCAUCCACGUCUCGACCAUCGGCGUCGUCAGCCUCCUUGCCAAGCGCGGCACCUUGCCGCCGUUUACGCCUUUGGCCACUCUUCCGGCGGCACUGGCCGAGCUCGAGCCGCGCGCGUUUGUCGGGUACAACGGGACCAAAGCGGUGGCAGAGAUCCUGCUGACACGACCGCCGCUGUCUGCCGAUGUCACACUGGUGCGAUGCGGCUAUCUAUGUGGCGCGCGUGGGUCUGGCUUUACCAACCCGCGCGACUACCUCUCGCGGCUGGUGCGCCACUGCGUGGCCGCGCGGUCGUUCCCGUCGUCUGCCCCCAGCGCGCGGUUCGAAAUGACACCUGUCGACGACGCGGCCCGGGCGGUGCUGGCGAUGGUCACGGGGAUGAAUGGCAGUGCCGGUGGGGUAGGAGACGCUGCUGUUGUUCAUGUUGCCAACCCUACUCCACCGUCCUUUGCAGCUGUCGGCCGCGGCGUUGCCGCCAUGCUCGGCGUCGAUCUGGACGACAUUGUCACGCCAUACACCGAGUGGCAGACAUCGCUCGCGCGCUCACCCACCUCGCCACUUGCCCCACUGGCCGAAACCUACUUUGGUGGGCCAGUCCUUCCCAGCUCGCUUGUUGUCGACGGUGUCAUCAACGGCCUGCCACCCUUUGCCGAUGCUGACGCCGAAGAGCUCGUGGCAAGCCAGAUCACUUGGCUGCAGGCGUACUCACCAUGACCAACACCAACACACAUAUGCGCACAGAGAGAGACAUAGUGCCCUCCACCAAAACGAAAAGAAAAAAAA